CCGCGUUUGUUUUGCUGUAAUUCAAUGUGGGUGAAUUACUUUAAGCUAUAAAACGGGAAUGAAACGUAUUGAAAUCAAAAAGCAUACUGUUUUUGUGAUUUCUAAGUGUUCUAACACAUAACUGUAUCAUCAAAAUGUGGUAUUUGUUGAAACCCAAUGGUGAACGUAUAUAUUUAAAACCAUUUGAGGAGUUAACAUUUGGCAGAAAGAAUGCACAAAUCUUAAUAGUAAAUGAUGAUUCCAUCAGUAGGACACAUGCUUCGAUAUGUGUGCAACCUAAGAAUGACACUAAGUUGGAUGAACCAACAUCAUCAUGCAUCGUUAAGGACAAGGGUUCAAAAUAUGGAACUUAUGUUAUAACUAAUGAUGAAAAGACUGAGGUGACCGAAGAAGGAUAUGUUUUGAAUGAUCAGAAUAUAAUACGGUUUGGUUUACAGAAAGCUACAUUCACGGUAGUAUAUCUACCAAUAAUAACAGUAGUAUCUACUUUAAGUAUUGAAGACAAAAGCUCACUUCAAAACUUAAUGGAUCACAUAGAUGGUAUAAUUUCUACAGAGUGGACAAACCAUUGCACGCAUCUCACAGUAUCAAAAGCUACAUUAACUGAGAAAGUCACUUGGGCUCUCGCAUCUGCUAUACCUAUAGUAACUAUAAAUUAUUGGACUGAAGUUAACGAAGCAAUUUCAAGGAAUGAAGUACUGCCAGAGCCAGACAAAUAUAUUCCCCUCAUUGGUGAAUCUCUGAUUGACAAAGAAAAGUUGUUACUUUGCCCAAAUAAGAAACGAAAAACAUUGUUCCAGAAUUUUAUAUUUGUACAUUUUAGCAUUAAUCAAUAUAAAAUAUAUGGAAAGAUGAUUCAUCUAGCAGGUGGUAAAUCAGUAUUGUAUUCGAAGAAACCUUUGACACCAAAAGAGCUCUGCUUCCCAAAUGUUGUUGUAUUACAAUACCCUGGGGAUGAAUCGACGCAAUCAACGCAGCACUUUGUACCUGAUUAUGAUUUGAUAUGUAAGACAUUGCAUGAGCAUCGUCGUAAAAUGAUACCAGAGUCUGAAAUCCCUCUCGCAAUUUUGCACAGUUCUGUAGACAAGUAUUGCAAUCCGACAUUUAGGUUCUCAGAAUUUUUGAAAAGAUCAGAGCCAAAACCAGACACGUCCGAGGUUAUAGUUAUUGACACACAAGAUAUUACUCCUGUAAAAUCAAACAUUCCAAAAUCAAGAACACCUCAUAUUAUUCCUGAAACGAACGAUGCUUUCAGUCAAGAUUUAUUGAGUAGUAGGCUAGUUGAUCGAGCCACUCAAGAAAGGCCGUGUAGUUCCUCGAUGAGAAACGAUAAAUUAAAAACUAAUGUCUCAGCACCAAAAGAUACUGAACAAAACGAGAAAGUAGAACAUUCUAGGGGCAGUGCAGUUUUCAUUCCUGAGACGUACGAGUCUUUCGUUUCAAACGUACCGUCAAUGGAUGUAUUUUCUUCUACUCCACAUACUGCCAACUUGAGAAGAGAUAAAGAUAUUGAAAAUAAUAAACCAUCGAAAUCAUCGACAGAAGUUAUUAACAAACUUCCAAUCAAGGAAGUUAUAGAUAUUAGCGAAGACGAUGACAUGUUCGAAAAGGUUCAGUCCAACACAAACAAAGUUAAUGAACGACCAAAUAAAGAGAAAGAGAAAGAGAAAGUACACAGAAUAGAGUCACAGAAAACACAUAAUGUGUCUAAAACGAAUGUUGACGCGAAAAGCAAAAGGCCACUAACAAAUACAAAAAAUAUAAUGAAGGAGCGUACGAUUGUUGUGUCUUCGUCUGACGAUGACAGUUUGCAUUCUGAUGAAGAUAAGUCUGCCAAAGGUAAUACUGCUGAAUCAUACAUUAGCAAUUAUGAUAGCGAUGAAGAAGAAGAAUCAUUUUCCAACAAAUGCAACAGUAGAAAUAAUACUGAUGAAUCGGUAAACUAUCAAAGUAAUAGUGAACCAUCUUCCAGCAAAAAACGAAGACUGUCACAGAAUUUAAGUGCAGAAAGAAUAAAUGAAACAUCUUCGUGCACGAUUAGAAAUGAAGAUAGUUCUUCGAAUAGUGCUGAUGUGUCUUGCUCGAGUACUAUUAAUUAUAAAAGGUUUAAAAAGGCUCCAGUCACUAUUCCGAAGAAAAGGAUCAGUUUGGAUGAUAUGUGUGUUUGGCAGAAGUUCUCAGCAUAAGAAAACAAUUUUUUGUUUUAUUUUUAAUAAAAACCUUUGAUUCGUUGAAAGUUUUUUUUUAUACAGAUGAUACGUUAUUUCAAUCGAAAAGGGUAGCAUUCUUUUUUUAUAGAAAUUUUUUAUUUAUCAGAUGGAAACUUGUAAUCAAGUUGUGAUAUUAAGUAAUAUUUUUCUAUUUAUAAUUGCAACAUAAUACUUGCAAUGUUAUGUUCAAGAUUUCUGUUUUUUUUUAACUUUUUAUAUAGAAAUUAUUAUCUAGGCGACGAUAAAUAAUUUCUUAACCAUGUUUAUACACUUGUCCUCUAUGUAUAUAAGAGCAUACUAGUUUAUAAAAUAAAAGAACUUUCGUUAAAACUUGUCCGCUUGUUACUUCCAGAAGUAGAACUUUAUGGACAACAAAAAGCCAUAUAGUGGUGAAAUAUGUGUUACAACUAAAGGAGAAUAUUUUGCAUUUAUAUUUUUAAUUAUGUAUCUGGCAUUUUGUAUGGUUUCAACUUAACAAUACAUUUAAAUUAUUCUGAAAUUAAUUAAAGCUGUAUUUUGCUAUUGAGUAAGUUUCUUUGAGAACCAUGGUACAAUUGAGAAAAGUACCUCCAAUGCCAUUUAAUGGCCGGGUACCAGGAGCUGCUCCUGGUAACAGGAUUGUAGAAAGGCAAAGGAGGUAUGCGUAGUUUGAGGUACCACGCGCAAAUCGUGUGCAUACGCAAUAGCGUCACGCGGUAGAUACAAUAAUGUGGACCUAGAAAAAUAAUUAAUUUCUGAUUUUACGAAUAAAAUGUAUGCAUUUUUAUUAUUGGAAAAUAUUCAGUGACUCAUUAUCUACUUUCUCGUAUCAUAUUAAUUCAGAUUUGUACCAUAAUUAAAUAGUUAUUAAAAAAUAAAUUU